CUGCAAGCGCGAACUAAUGGCAGAAAACAAUAAACAAAAUGAAAACAAUUUAAAUAUGAUCAAGCAGGAGGAAAGUGACGAUAAUGGCGACACUGAGGAUGUGUUCCAUUUUGAAACGGAGCACUUGGCGCUGCGUGGCAACCAGUGCUACAGCAAACUACUGCGCACCAUCGCCAUGCUGCAGGCGCAACGCAUUCGCGUCCACCAACAGAUCGGUGAAUUAGAAAGAAUACGAGAUUUGUAUCUGGAGAAUCCGCAGUUGAUGCUGGACAAGCUGCGCAACAAUGAGCCUCUAAUUGAGGCCAACUAUUUGGCCACUGUUCGCCUGCCCGAGUUGCCUACAUUGACCGUCAAGGAUAUGGACCCGCCAAAGCCAAAAUCGAAUCCCAUCAACGAGGAAAAAGAUUGUAAAAAUGGAGCAAAGACAUCAAUGCGCCUGUGGACGAAUGAGGAGCAGCGUCGCUUGGAGCAGUUGCUUAUCGAGUAUCCGCCGGAAGAGGUGGAAAUGCGACGUUUCAAUAAAAUCGCCAAAGCACUGGGCAACCGAACAACGCAACAGGUCUUCAGUCGUGUCCAGAAAUACUUUCAGAAACUCCGCGAUGCCGGGAUGCCGGUGCCGGGACGCUUGCCCAAAUAUAGGCGGGGAGGUGGUCCAACGCGGCCCAAAUUUAAUGUACGUCGUUCAACAUUCUUUCCCGCCCAAAAUAUUGAGAUACAAAUGCCCGAGGAUGAGUACACGUUGGAUGAUCUGAUGGCUGUGGCGCCAUCGCCAUCAACGCCUCCCAUUAAAACCGAACCCAAGCUGGAGCCGGAGGCGCUCGAAACGGAGCAGCGCCGCAAAAAGCUGCUGCAGCUGAAAAUCUUAACAUCCAUACAGGAGGAGAAGCUACAAACCGAGGAUGGUUACAGUCCCGAUCCAUUGGCGCCCAAAUGCGCCAAUUGUGAGGAUUCGGCUGUGACGCGAGCACGCUGGCGCUGCAACAGUUGCUAUUGCUACCUGAAUCUAUGUGGCGACUGCCUGGCCGACCAGCUAAUCACGGAACGCUUCGAGCAUAUGACUCACGAUGUCGCUGUGGAUCUGGAGACAUAGUUUUGAAUCACUUGUAAAUAAGUAUAAUAAGUUAUUGAUAAUUGAUUAAUAUACACAGCUGGACAGUAAAAUA